ACUUGAAGAGACCUGAAGUUGCCCAGUCCAAAGAGGUCUAAUGGGUGAACCUAUGAUAAAUAAAGUGUUAAAGCUGAGGAAGUCUGACUGAAACCAGAGAGACAGGGCGGCUCGUGGUUCUUGAAAAGGCAAGAAGCUUCCGGAGAGUGAGGAAGGAAAGAAGACAAGUUUUUUAAUUUCAAUACAAGAUUAGAGUCUGUUGGAGGACUUGGGUUUGAUCCCAAAAUAAUAACAAUAAUAAUAAUAAAGUGAAGAUCUGAAGAUCUGAAGGUCUUGUAAGCAUUGGGAGAGAGAAUGACAGAGGAAGAGAAGAAGGAAGGAGCAUCAUAUAGGUAUUGGGUUAGAGAGACAAAAGCAGAUGCAGCUCCACUUCCUCUUCCCAAGAAACUAUCUCCCAAUGAUGUUGUUCUUAAUAAUACUAAUAAUAAUAACACCCUUGGCUCUGUCUGGAAUCGGGCUGGUACUUGGGAGGAGAAAAGUCUUAAUAAAUGGGCAACUGAUAGGAUUAAGGAGCUGCUUGUGACAGUAGGCUCCUUGGAGUUCUCUGCUGGCAAGGCUGAAAUUUCAGAAGUGUCUAAAUGUUCUGGGGAUGCCUUCUUGGUGACUGUCAGAAACAAGAAACGAGUUGGCUAUACAUAUGAGUUGACAUUGAAAAUAAAAGGAGAGUGGACUGUCAAAGAGGAGAAAAAGACGGUUAAGGCUGAUAUUGAUAUCCCAGAGUUCUCAAUUGGUGAGCUAGAUGAUUUACAGGAUGGCAAAAAAAGCCAUAUGCUCAACAGUUUCCUCUUGCAUACCUCAGAUCAGGCACAAAGGGGAUGAGGACAAUCCUUUUCCACAGGUUGUUCAUAAUAGGAAGGCAAUUAGUAACUGCCCUCCAGAGGAAGUUCUUAACUUUCAAGGGGCUGAGUUUCCACAAGUGCUUCCAAACCGUUGGGUAACUGGAUAGAAGAAUGAGGAUGGCUCAUCUGAUGUGACUGAAGCCUGAUGUGCUUAUAUCCUGAUUUCAUCAUAUAUUGCCCAUUCUUAGUAAAAUACCAUACCAAGCAGUCCUUUCCAGACACAGCAAUGGGGAUAGUCAGAAUUGCUUAUGCGUCUUCUUCAGAACAUAUGCUAGCAACUUUCCUUUGAUCCCAGCCUGAUUUAAUUCCCUUCAGUAAAUCUGGAACUUUCUCCAUAGCAAUAUUUUUAGCCAAUUCUAAAUUUGGCAGGUUCGGAAUCCACCACCCGACACUCCAAAUUUGAGCAGCCAAGCCAUUACCUAUAUUCCACCUUAAUCCUUCUUUCAGCACUUCCUUCCCCAUCAAGAGGCUCGACCAUAACCACAAUUGAUUCGGCUUGCUACCAGCUGUCAUAAAAUCUUCUCUAGGGAAGUAGAGACCUCUCAAAAUCUUCACCCGCGGCUUGUUCUGGUUAUGUAACAGCCUCCAAACAUUGCUUGGCUAGGCAACCUUUGUUGAAAUCUUCAAAGCACCUAGGGAAGUAGAGAGAAGAUAUUUAUCCUAAGGAACUAGCUAUGAACUGUGCAGAUUGGAUGGGGUGAUGGAUAAAUUUGACUCCAACUAGUUUGAGAUUAAUUUUAAUAUUGAGUUCCCUAUUUAAUUUAAUCCAGAUCAUAUUUUGUUCUGACUUUUCCUUAAUCUUGCAUCCUGCUGGUUUUAGGGAGUCUGCACUUCACUCUAAAAAUGAAAAUAAAUAUGCUGCUAUUAGAUUGGCUUCUUUCUGGGUCUGGAUUUUAAGCUAAUGAUAAAUCAAUACUCCUAAUAUUGCAGAUGGAAGUGCGACUUAGCGACGAGAAAGAUCUUUUGCAGGAAGAUAAGCUACAGAUUAACCAGGAUCUGAAACUGUUUCUG